UCUGCAACGUGGGUUGGCAGGGCCUCCGCUGUGACCAGAAAAUCAGUGGCCCUCAGUGCCUGCAGAAGUGCGACCCGAAUGCCAACUGCGUGCAGGACUCGGCUGCAGCCCCUGCCUGUGUCUGUGCCGCGGGGUACUCGGGCGACGGUGUCUCCUGUUCAGCGGUGGACCCGUGUGCGCGUGACCAUGGCGGCUGCUCCCCCCACGCCAACUGCACAACCGUGGCACCUGGUCAGCGGACAUGCACCUGCCUGGACGGCUACAUGGGCGAUGGGGAGCUGUGCCAGGAAGCCAACAGCUGUCUCAUCCGCCAUGGGGGCUGCCACAUGCAUGCCGAGUGUAUCCCCACAGGCCCCCAGCAGGUGAGACAACUUGGGGAGCCACACACUGGGGAUGGGCCGUCCCCUGCAGGGUGGGGUGCUCCUCAGACCAGGCCCUCGGAGCUGCGCGCCUCCGUCCCGCAGCCCCGGCCAGUGAACCCCCGCUGGGGGCCUGGAGCUGGGCCUUCUCUGGAAGCUGGCCUCCGAACCGCGGUCUGGGACGCUGGCCAUGAUGGACAUGGGCUUGAGCCCGGGCAGAGGGGGACCCAGGUCCGCUCAGGCCGGGCAGCUGCUGCUCACGCGUCCUGA